AUGGGGACUGCAACUCAACAGUACUGCCUGCGCUGGAACAAUCACAGAUCAAACUUACUGACAGUGUUCGACGAGCUGUUGCAAAACGAGGCUUUCACCGAUGUCACGUUAGCAGUGGAUGGCGGUGCAUCGGUCAAAUGUCACAGGAUGGUCCUCGCGGCGUGCUCCUCGUACUUCCAAACUCUCUUCAUUGAUCUACCGUGCAAACAUCCUGUUGUCGUGCUCAAAGAUGUCAAAUAUAUUGAGAUAAAAGCAAUUCUGGAGUACAUGUAUCGUGGAGAGGUAAACGUUGCUCAGGAACAGCUCGGGGGCUUGCUAAAGGUCGCAGAAGCACUCAAGGUCAAAGGCCUGGUAGAAGAAAAUGGCUCACAGGGUAGAAGGGAGGAAGGUGAAACCACAGCCCCGUCGCCUCCUGCAAUAACGACCAGCACUACAAGCAGCGCAGCUCACAGUAGUGGCCAAAUCUCACCACCUCACUCGACUGGCACCCCUUACAGUUUGUACGGCAAAUCGCCUGUAGAUAGAGGACAGGGAAGGUUGUCUAUGCCGAUGUGGGCAUUAUCAGGGCUGCCGUUGGCCCAGCAUCCGUCAUCCGGUCAUCCGCCACCCCCCCAUGCUCAGCAUUCUUCCAUGUUGGGUGGCUCGUACGACAACGGAUCAGACUCGUCACCUCUGAAACGAAAAAAAAUUUCAAAUAUGAUUAUGAACCGUGAUACACCGAUCCUGAGAACCGUACUUGGACAAGGCCAUGCCGACAGCUCCCAAGGGGGCGUACCCUUGUUACAUCCAGACAGUCACGAGAGCCACUCUCGCACGCACAGCAACGGCUCGGCCAACGACAUGGACAGGCGCAACAGUAACGAUCUUUCGCACAGCGAGGCAGUCCACAGUCCUUACACAGACAUAUCGCUAAUGGAUGAGGAUGAAAAGCCUUCGCCGCAAUCUUUUGCUGGAGAAACAAACCGAGGAAUAGUCAAUUACGUUCCAACACAAAAACCCGAAUGGAAACGUUACAAACAAUACACAAGGAACGACAUAAUGUCGGCGAUAGAAGCGGUCAGAUCAGGAAUGAGUGCCCUGCAAGCAGCUCGGAAGUAUGGUGUGCCAUCGCGCACCCUGUAUGACAAAGUCAAGAAACUGGGAAUAACCACAUCGAGACCUUUCAAACGUGGAUCUAAUGGAAGCGGGGCUUGUUUUCCAUAUGGUAUAGGUGGUAAUGCAAAUGGAAAUAUUUACAGCGGUGGAUUGUCGGAAAGUGAAAAUGAAAACAGUAGCGCAGGAAUAGGGAAUAAUCCUGGGUCGAUGCUUGAUCCAAGUUUCAUAGAAGGUCGAGACACCGUCGAACGAGAAGCUAUGAUAGAAAUGACACUUCGCAGUCCGAGCCCAGCCGUUCACUCAAUGUCUCAACAGCACCAACAGCAGCAGCAGCAACAGCCGACUACAGAGGAUCAAGUAGAAGAUUUGUCGGUGAACCGUAAGCCCGAGAUUCGAGUAAUAGUACCACCGUUAAUAGUCAAGGAGGAAGAACAGGAUACUCCAAAUAACUCUGAUCGUAACUAAUUACUAACGUUGUCGUUGUUGUCAAUUUUUGUUUCGUUUAGUUACAAAGAUAGUUUCAGGGAUUAAUCGUUAGCUGCAUACCAAUAGUCAUGCGACGCAUGUAACUAAUGCUAUAAGCAUUCAUAUUCACCCAUCCGUACUAUAUAAUGUGAAUGUUACGAAGAGAGAAAAAAAAAGAAAAUCAAUGAAACGUGGUGAUUAUUCCUGGUAGUAGCUUCAAUAAGACUGACUAUGCGUCGCAAUUUCAUGAGACUGAAAAUAUAAUAUGCUUGUCCAAAAUUUGUAUGAGUAUUCAGCCGAUAUUAAUAUUACGACAAAAUCAAUCCUUCAUUAUCGUGCCAUGCUCUGUAAAUUCUUGGACCAGCGACCAUAUUUACACUUAUUUUAUAUUGUUGUGAUCCAUUUUUAUUUGCAAUCGAUUAACAUAUAGUAGUACUUUAAGAUAAGAAUAAAUUCUUAAACGAGCAUAGUAGAAUUGAGUUACGUUAUGGUAUAUUGGGGAAGAUGUAUAUUAUUUUCACAUUUUCAAAAUAUCCUUACUUGGCAUUAAAUGCUAGCCAUAGGACGUGAAUUUAUUAUAUACACUAUACAUUAAACAAUUUCGUUGAUGACUGAGAUACCGCUGUUAAUUUGUUAUAUAAAUAAGAAUAGAUUAUUAUCUCUACAGACCUUGGCCCUGGGAAACAGCUGCAAUAUUGCUCAAACAUAUCUACAUAAUAUAAUAGAACGACCUACCUCAUUGUACAAUACGGAUAUGUUGUACUUUAACAUAAGACUGAUCUACCGAAUACAUGAUACCAACUCGACAAUCCUCAUGUUAAACACGCUAAUUACAUCAUAUAUUAUUAUACAUAUAUAUUAUAUUAUAAGUUAUAAAUACUAUAUUAUUAUAUUGUAACUAGUAUCAAUUUUUAUUUUUAUUAUUAUUAUUAUUAUUAUUAUUAUUAUUAUUUUAUUAAUAUUACUAUGAUUACUAUUACUAUGAUUAUUAUUAUUAUUAUUAUUAUACACAGUAUAUCACUGUAGUUGCCUUAUCAUAGCCGUCCAACGGCUUAUGACAAAAGAUACAUUGUGUGUUUUCAUAAAAUUCGGCACUAGUACCUGAUGCUGUGCUGAAGCUGCGUGUCGAAACAGCGGAGCACGUUGUAUGUAAUCAUGAGGAAAUGCCUUAGGAGACUAUUGCCAUAAAAUCGAAUCUAAUUCACAUAUGUAUAGAUAUCUACCGAUAUAUAUACACACAUACAUACACACACACACACACACACAAAUAAAUAAAUUCAAUAAGUAUGUGUGUGCAUAUAAUUAUACAUCGGUGUACACACAGGUAGAUAUCUAGAAAUACACUGAGAAACCUAUAUACGUGUAAAGAUGCGUGCAUAGUUCUUUAAAAGUCUGAAUUAGUAAUUACACAGCCGCAAUGUACAAUUCAUAUAUUAAGUCCUACCUUCAAAUGUAACGAAAGAUUUUAUUACACGUACACAAAAUUUGGCAUAAAAUUAUACAGACAUAGUGUUUACUCGUAAAAAAUUGGCCACAACUGCAUGGAGGAUAUUAUACAUGGCCCUCUAUUUCUUUAAAAUCUUAGUUUUCCAAUAAUAACUAAUAUACGUAUGUAGAUUACAACGACGUACAAACCUACACUGUAAUGUUUUAUACGAUUAUUGGGCAUUCCAUAAACUCAUGUGCAAAAUAUUUUUAACCCAUAGAAUAAUGGUUUAUAUUCAAGCUAUUGUUAAAGUACCUGCAAAUGUGAUUUGUCUCUCGCCUUCAUACAAUACUGUGCUUCUCAUUUUUGUAUUUCUCACUCUCCACUCACAGAAUAUUCAAUCAGAUUGAUACUAAGAGAAAAAAAAAUAGUUCGUCAAGCAGAAAUAACACAAAGAAAUGAAAUUACAUUACUUUGCCUGUAAUCGUAGUGACAAGUUUUGUUCAUGUUAGUGCAUAAAAAUAAUUGUAGGACUAGUUUGGAGGACACAUAAGAACGAUCAGUUGUAGAAAUUUCGUUUCCAUUUUGUUAUCUUUUUUUUUUUUAUCUUAUAAUAAUUUCGAAAAAUUUAUUUGUAAUUAUUUUUCGACAUUGAAAUAAAUGAGUGCUUUAAGUGUUGAUGUGGCCCAGCCAUCGCACCAUGUAUGUAUAGGUAUCUAUAUAUAUUUUAUUAAAAAAAAAAAAAAAAAGAAAUUGUGAAUAUCACACUUGAUUUGGAACAGAGAAA